GACAAACGCCCUGCUCUAAAACUACUACAAGCUCGUAUAUAAUUCCCUUUCUUCCUAACUACAAUGGCCCCGUCAGCCCUGUCCAUGUCGCAGAUUAUUGCGAGCGACGCGCCCCUCCUUUCUCCGGUGUCGUCCGAGUCGUCCUGGGGACAACAUUACUCGCCGACGGCAGCGUCGUUCGACGCCAGUUUCGCAUACUCGUAUCCGAUGUCGGUGCCGCCGUCGCCGCCAGUGUCGAUGGACUCACCGCUGCCCCCGCAGAACGUUCUCAAGAAGUCGCGGUACGCGUCGCCGGACUCGGUUGACGGCUCAGAGGUCUGCGUUGCGACCCACCAGGUUUUCGACUUUUCCCCCGAGCAGCACAUGUACACCCAGCCGUCGACGCCGUACGACGCGCAGUCGGAGACGUGCUCGCCGCCACCCCAGUCGCGGCCGACUGCGGCCAAGCGCGGGCCCUCUGAACAGCCCUCGUCCGAACCCAAGAAACGCGCGUCCGCCUCGAGGGUCAGUGUCAAGGAUUUCGUGCCACCCGAUGUGUCUGGCCUGAGCAAGCGCGAGGCGAGGUUGGUCAAGAACAGGGCGGCGGCGUUUCUGAGCAGGCAGCGGAAGAGAGAGGAGUUUGAGAACAUGGAAGUACGCGUCGCCGAGCUCGAGCAAGAGAACGCCCGCCUUCUUGCUAUUGCGAAUGGCUCUGCCCCUCCGGCCAGUUCAUCCGACGCCACCUCGCUCCUAUCUGAAAUUGAGACGUUGCGGGCGAAGCUGGCAGAGUCGGAGCGCCGCGAACAAGAGCUCGCCUCGAAGCUCUCGACGUCGGUCAAGUCGGAGUCUCAAUCGACGUUCAUUAAACCCGAACCACGCUCGCCAUCUCUUCACCAUCGGUCCGCGAGUAGCGGCGGCACCAGCGCGAGCAUUGGACUUGUCGUUCUCCUCUGCGCCCUCCCGACGCUGCUGGGUCUCCCCGCGCACCAUCACCAAUCCCAUUCAUCACUCCCGACCACGUACCCCUUCCCCGCCUUCUCACCCAGCGGCGAAUAUCUCACAUUCAGUGACUACGGUUCCUCGGGAAGCAUGCCCGGUGAUUUCGAGUACCAGCUCUCUUGGCGGGACCCUUCAACUGGCAUGAACGUCGAUCUGGACAGUCCUUCACUUUCGGCCCCCGGCAAGCUCGAGUUCCCUGUGCAGGGACCGAAUGGCGCCGGUGCUCUGGAUGUCUCUUUCGAGUCGGUACCCUCGUCGGAUGGGAAGAUUCGGGUGCGGAUCAACCCUUCGGCUGGCGCGUCCUCGACUGGCCAGACGUUAUCCGUGGACUCGUCGAGUUUCUCUUCGGCGCCGUCUUCUUCGCUCGUACCCUUCUCCAACGACCUGCACUCGAAUGUGUUCCUGUCACCUGACUCGGACAUGCUCGGCUCAAGUAGUUUCGGGAUGGGUAUGGAUAUGGAGAGCCCGCUGCAUCUCAUGGACGGGGACUCGGGUCUGGGCGGCUUGGGCUUGUCGGCGGGGAUGGGUCUGGGUGCCGCCUCAGCGGGGAAGAAGAAGCGGGUGCGGAUCACGCUCAUGAGCGGCGGCGAGGGGGGGCAGGGCGAGUGGGAGGUGGAGGUGUGUUGACCGGUUCGAUGACCGACAUUCGACUUCAUCAAGGGGAUUCGUGCUGGCCAUCCUCGAACAUUCGACAAACAUCCAUGCAUUUCGAGUAAAACGGACAACAACAUAUGUGUACGAUAAUCUAAUACCGCACCGCACCAUCACCCAGAUAUCCCCUUCUCAUUGAUAUCAUAAUGUCUCGUUAGUAUACUCAGUCAACAAUCGCUCUCCGUGUCCUUGCUGUCGUUCAAUUUCAUUGUGUCUGUUCGUUCUAAGUCUCUUUAUGUUUAUAUUUUAUUGUCUUCCUUUGAUUGCCCAUUGCAGUAGUGCGUACGUUUCUAUGUCCAUUCGUUCUUUGUCCCCCUUACGUUGUUGGUUGAGUAUCCUACUUCUUCGGUGUAUAGUCUUCCGGAUCCGUUGUUUCUUAUGCUGCACAUUGCGGGAGGAGGGCAAAAGUAGGGUAAAUGAUAUGGUCAACUCUAUAGGGCCUUCGGUCGUUGUAACAUGUUGAAUAAGAUAGAAUCUGAAUAAAGACUGGAUAUCCGCU